UAAGAUAAAUCGUUGACCGUUGAACAUAUGCUUCAUCAUAUUGUAUUUAAUGCGGCCCUGCGUUUGUUGAUGAACGAAUAUAUUGUCGAAAUACAUUACUACAUCUAAACAUGUGCGUGAGAUAUAAGUUCUAAAAUGUAUCAGUAAAAAGUAUAUAAACUUUAUUGUACCGGGAUACUCAAUUGUUUAAUAGUAAAAUGCAUUGGAGCCUUAUACAUUGUGUACUACAAACAUGUUUUAUAACCGUCUCGUGCUGUCACUCGCCUCACCGGCGAGGUGUUUUCCCGUCUAAAUAAAAUAGUGCUAAGCUUAACAAAAGAAUUGAAAACAAUAUGGCGAAACAUGGCACAUCGAACGUGGAAGAAAUGGACAACAUUGACCCGGACUUGUCUAAACAACUCUCCACAAUAUUAGAGGAUGAAGGAAUAACAGAGGAAAUUGUGAUGGCCAGGCGCAUUGCAUUCCUUAUGAUGGAGACAGGUUUAACAACGAUUAGUAAACUUAACAAUCAAUCAAUCGAGCAUUUCUGUUUUGGCAGCCAGUCAGAAGGAGCGACAACGCUUAGACUAAUGUCUGACGUAGACCUUUUACGUCGUAUACCAUGUAUUAAUAUCAUGCGAGGGGAUUCGAAAACAUGGAAAAAAGGAAUGCUGAAUUGUUUGAUGCUUUGUAUUAAGGAUUAUCCACAACACUUUAAUCUGCAGGUUUACAGGAGCGAUAAGCCCAAACCAUUGAAAUCACAAACAUUUGGCAAUGGCAUGCUCUUAAGUUAUGGACCCGUGUUAUUAAGCUCUGAGUUUUUUAGGAAACAUUUCGAAAUGUUAUUACAAUCUUUUAGGGACGAUAAAUCUACCUAUAUCGCUGGACCUUCUGCUAGUUUUAGCGACGAUAUAGACAUUGUGCAAGCACUGUGCACAUCAGGUGACAUUCCUGAACUGCAGAUGUGGCUAGACAGGCCCAGACAGGGUAAUUGGCCGCCUCUUAAAUUGUUUGAGGAAGCGAAACAUUGCGCGUGGUUCCUUGUACCGGUAGGAAAUCCAAGCUCGCACGUAAGAAACACAGAGUGGAGAUUAUCGCCAAAUCUUAUUGAAAGAAAACUCAUGUUCAGUUUAACUAUAACCCAGCUGAAAUGUUAUAUAUUGCUGAAAGAACUCAAGCGCGCAAUUACGAGGGAAAUGAAACAACAGGGAGGCGAGGGAGGCGAACUUACGAGUUUUCACUGCAAAACAGUGUUGUUUUAUACACUAGAAAGAACGCAAGAUCUCCCUCUCCAAGAAAGCAACUUGGCAAUGUUACUAAAACUUUGUCUUCAAACGCUCCAAACAUUUCUUAAAGAUGGUGUAUGCCCUCAUUAUAUCAUUGACCGCGUUAAUCUGUUUGACGGUAAACUAAAUAGUACACAACGUCACGCGAUGCUCAACAAGGUGACGGAGCUCAUAGAUUACAACUUACGCGGGUUCGUAAAAAGUAAACUUGACGACGCAACACCAUUGUCCUCUGACCAACGUCACGCGAUACACGUACUCAACAAGGUGACGGUACUCAUAGAUACAUACUCACAUGGGUUCCCAAAAAGUCAACUUGGCAACGCAACACGAUUGUCCUCUGACCAACGUUUUAUUGCUCAUGUAUGUAUUUGCAGUAAACUCGCAUUUGAAAGGAUACAGUGGUUCCAUAUUAUUAUGCUUUGCUUCCAUGGCUUCAUCAGUAAACCAAUCGAGUUUGUUGGGGAUCAGCUUAACACACUAAUUGACAAAUGUAAAGAAAUAAUAAAUUAUCACAACGCGAAUGCAUUUGAAAUACAAGCAGCUAGGGAAAUAUUGACAACUGCUUUGUCUUUUCGAGGCUCUAUUCAAGCGGCCCCAGCAAUUCAAAGCGGCGUCUCGAUUAACCAAGAUGUCAUGGACAGUUUCAAGGAAUCGGUACAAGUUGGUGAUGUCGCAAAUCAAAUCAAUAAUUUAUCAGAAAUGCUUAGCUAUGGCAAUCUUGCUUCGGAAAUAAAGGAUUGUUCAAUUAACAAACAUGCCAUUGAAACCUUCGAAAAGGCCCUUGAGACGAAUGGAUUCUCAAGUCGACUGAAAUUAGCAUCUGUGAUGUACUGCUCUGGAAACUUGCAGUCGGCAAAAUUUAUUCUUGAAUAUGCAGAACGUCAGUUUUCCCGGUACACUAUGAAGACCUUAUGUCGGUGUUUCAGUUAUUACAAUCGGUACAUAAACCACCGAAAGAUGUUUGAAAAUAAACCUAAUCCUAACAUUGAAAGCAAAAUUGCAUUAUGCAUAAUAUUUCUUUCUAAUGAGGCACCGUGCGUUCCCCCUGUGCUUUUGUAUGAAAUGACCAAAACAAGAUUUGCACCUGAUUACCGAGAAACAAUAAGUACAAAAAUAGAAUUGAAUGGUGAGGCUAGAUUAGAUGCUCGCGUGUUCAUGUAUUACCUGCAAUACCUCACGUACGGAGGUCUCGGCAUUCGGGAAAAACAGAUCGUUGUCUUGACGAAAUUCGAAGACUACAUUUCAACGCAUAUUGAUGAUCGCAUCUUGGAUCUCCACUUUGAUCAUGGUCGUAACCACGAGGUAUCCCAUAUGGCGACUGCAUUGAACCUGCUCGGCCACUGCUGGGAGAUGGAAGGGGAUCUGAACAAAGCAGGCAGUAAAUACAAGCUAUCCCGAGAUAGCAAGCCAAAACACAAUCCGGCCGACUGGCACAUUGGGAGACUUUCGUGCUAUUCACCAGAUCAAUAGAUAUAGUUGCAACGGGUUUUAAUUUAUAUGCAAUGACACUCGGCUCACGAACUGCUGGAAACGUUGAAUAGGACGUACUUGAAACAUAAUUUCAAAUUUAAAUAAUAUUUAUUUAUAUUUGUAAAAUAUUUAAUAUUUUUGGAUUUAAUAUAUAUAGGAGCAAUCGAACUUCAAGCACACUUGUAUGAUUUACUAUUAUAAGAAAGCACUCAAUAUAUCGUUUGUGCAAACAUUAUUUUUAGAUAUUUGUUCUCAUUUUCAAUCUAGCAUUAUUAUAACAGCUCGUAUAGAAAGUAUUGGACAAGGACAUCAACUUGACAAAAUGUUCAAUUGUUUCACACUUGGACUCAAUGAAAACUAUAUAUAUAUAUAUAUUACUUUUGCGUUUUUACUUGCACUUUUUUGCACACACGUUCUCUUUUUGAACAGCUCUUAUAGGAAGUGAUGGGCAGAAGCAACAUCCUGAAAUACAAUAUUUAAUAUCGUUAUGUCUUGUGUACAAUUUGUUCACCCCCGGACUUCAUAGAAAUAAAAUUUAAAUCAACAUUUGUAACGGGUUGUUGCUGAACAACCUUAAACACCAGCAGAUCAUACGUUGAAAUAGCAAUUGGGUAUUUAACAACUCUUAACCAUGCGCAUCAAUUAAGAUAACUACAAUUUUAAUUUGUAUUUAUAAUUUCCGUAUUGUUGCAUAAUGUUAUGAUUUAAUCAUACCCUUUUUUAUAAACAAAGUGUUUUUACGGUAGAUGUUUUGUAACCAAAAUGUGUCCACACAUGUAGAUAUAAAUGUAUGGACGCAUUCAGAUUAGUUCGGUCCAUACUUGUUCCGUUUUUAAACAAUCUUCAUCUUUGGGGAUAGAUGCUUCGUACAGAAAUAAAAUAAACUGAUAAAAAAUACAUAUUUUACUUAAAACUAAUAUUUCUACAGGUUCUAUAAAAAGUAUAGACUUUAAAACAAUAGUCUAUAUAUCCUUAUUUAGGUAUGAAAACUCACAGACUAAACUAAUAGUUUAAUGGUGUUAUAAUUGACGGUUUGAUUUAGUUUAUAUUAAUUGAUACAAAAGUUUAAAUACAAUAUGCGUGUCAACUUAUUGAUUAUACAGACGUGUACUUGCAUAAAUUCAUUUGACAAUAAUCUAUAUGGUCCAUCUAAGGAUUUAUGAUUUAUAUAGUAUAUGUAUUAGUAUAUACAACGGAUUAUUAAAUAAACGUGUUUGUAGUAUUUUUAUGCAGUUUUAAAAUUGUGAACUGUAGUUUGAUUGUAUAUAUUUAUAAAAUGGUAAAUGUAAUCUUUUUACCUACUCAAUUGUAGCAUGGUAUAUGUUUUUUAACAUAAAUUUGAUUUGGCUAAGAUGACACAUAGUUAAACUGUUCUAACGAAAUGUUGUUGUUUUUUUCCUUUUUUUCUUAUUUAUUUUCCAUGUUUGACAUUUACCUUGGCAGAACUAAUAUUUGCAUACAUAAACGCAUGGGUAAUAUAACAUAAAAAUCCCAAAUAAUUCAGAAUUAUUGUGAUUUGUUGAACAUAAUUUGUUUGUAAUAUUAUACAGUGCAGUCAAUCAUAUAAGUUGAUACACAUACAAUAUAUGUUGUCACAGUUACACAACCCCCCCCCCCCCACACACACACACACAAACACCUCACCCAUGCAUGCAAGCAUCUGCGCGCAGGUUCACAAUACACAUUAUUGUGUUCAAACGGCCUAUGAAAAAGUAACAUAAUAUUUUCAAGCAUAAUACAAGCGCUCUUAAUUCUUUAUUUGGUUUUACCUUUUGUAGACGUUUUAAACAUAAAAAUACUAGUGUCGAGAGCAAUUGCACAUAUGUAUUUAAAGAGGUUAUCUAAAUAAUAUUGGUUGAAACGUAUCUAAUGAUGUGGAUCAAUUUUUGAAAAUGUUUAUCAUGCUUGUUUUUAAUAAGGGCAAUUUCUGCUUCCGUCUGUAUUUUUAUUGUAAAACCCAUUUAUGUCUAGCGUCUAGAAAAAAAGGCCUUUGUAAACAGCAUGAUGCGGCGUCUCAUCUGGAUCUACGCUGUUUAAAGGAAUUUCUGUAAGAAAUAUUCUAAAUAUAGAAAUAAAUAUACUAGACAUCCCUAAUUUUGGAAAUAAAUUGAUCCCAUUUAGAAGGAUGGGAGAGUCUACCAGGUAUAAAUAGGUUAAGAUAAUUAAAAACAGAGUUGACGUUUGAGAUGCAUUUCAUGUAAAAUAUGAAUGUUUAUAUUUAAAUUUAUACAAAAUUCAAAACAUCGCUGUAUACAUUUUUGUCGAUAAUACCAAUAAAAGGUUAUUUAUUUGUUGGAUUUUAUUUCAAUACUCACAUCUUUAAGAAAGUUUUGCAGGUUCGUCUAUAAUUCUUGAAAGUAAGCCCAUUCCGAAAAUAAGUGGUCAAUUGUUUCAAUAUUUGAUUGGCAAAAAUCGCAAAAACUACACUCUUUCAUUCCGCAUUUUGUUUAAAAUUUAUGUGUACGAACUGUUCACUUAAAUGGAAUUGUAUAUAAUUAUUAUUCUCAGUCGGUAAUUUCGUUUAGAUUCAAUGUUUUUUUUUCUAUUUCAUUUCAGUACUGUUGUCAUUUUUAUUUUGUGAUUCUUGUUGUAUACUAUAAAGUCUUUUGUUUCUUUGUUUGAUAUUCUCUAUUACAUCACAAUUGUUUUUUCGGGAACUAUUAAUAUAUAAAUGCGUAUGCAAUAUUAUUUUUAAUUCGUGUGGAGUCGCGGAUAAAAGUGAAUAAUAAUUUAAAAAAAUAAGUGGUUGUAUUUUAUAUAAGAAUUGCAUUUCACUAAACAUAUAAUAUGCAUUUCUUUGAUAAUUGUUCAACUGUCCUAUAUUUUUUAUACGUUUGUUGUACAAGUUCACUAGAAAAACAUAUUUAUUAUUGAUGUUUAUAUUUUUGUUGUUCCGUAUAACAUAAUAACUAUAGGAAUACUUCUUUGUGAACUAAUAGGUUUUUUAUGUUUUGCUUUGCGACAAGCAGAGCUUUCAUUAAUAAAUGUUCUUUACUAAACGAACAGAGAUAUAGAACCAACAAGACAAAAAUACAAAAUUAUAUACACCUUUUCCGCAUAUUUGCGUUUUGUCCGAUAUCCCCCCUUUUUGCCUCUGCUCGUAUUAUUAUUAAUCGGGAUCUUUGUUAUAUUUAAUUAUUAAGCACAACUAAUUCCUUAAAAUGUAUUGGUACUUGAUUUAUUUCAACACAACACAACAUUUUUUUAUUUUCAUUGUGUCACGUGACUUGCUAUUACUGUUUAUGUACAUAUCUGUAUGUUCACAUGGGCCUAUGGCCUACUGAUUCUGAAAUAAAAUCUUCUUCUUCUUUA